UGUUAGAUUGGAAACUCGCUUAAAACCAGUGGAUAAAGAUUGCUGAUAUAUAUCAUCACCCCCUUUCUCUCUCCUUCUAGACCUAUCUCACAAAUUUCGCCAAUUUACAAUCUGAUUUUCAUCGAAUUUGUUUUCUAAUCAAACAUCAUCUCUCAAUCGGAAUUCAUUCCCCAAGACCUUCCUGAUUCUACACGACUUCUCUAUUCCCAGGGAGAUCAUGUCCAAUCAACAAGGAAACGAAGCUGAAGAAAUGGAAGAGGAAUAUGAGAUGGAAGAUGCAGAUGACGAUAUGGAUGAUGAGUUCCACGCAGGAGAUGCUGGUGGCUCAGAUUCUGAUAUGGACGAAUAUGAAUACUUGAAUAAUAGAAUGCAAGACACAACUGCGGCUCAAGCUAGAAAGGGUAGAGAUAUCCAAGGGAUUCCCUGGGAGCGGCUGCACGUGACAAGAGAGAAAUAUAGGCAGACUAGACUAGAACAAUAUAAGAAUUACGAAAACAUUCCUAAAUCUGGAGAGGGAUCAGAAAAGGAUUGCAAAUCUACUGAAAAAGGAGGCCCGUACUAUGUGUUCAGACGAAAUUCAAGAUCUGCAAAAUCUACCAUUUUACAUUUUCAGCUGAGAAAUUUGGUAUGGGCUACAUCCAAACAUGAUGUCUACUUCCUGUCUCAUUUCUCUAUCAUGCAUUGGUCAUCAUUAUCAUGCACCAAAUCUGAAGUUCUUAAUGUAUCAGGACAUGUAGCACCUUGUGAGAAACACCCUGGGAGCUUGUUGGAAGGAUUUACCCAGACUCAGGUCAGCACGGUAGCAGUGAAAGAUAAGUUGCUAGUUGCUGGAGGGUUUCAGGGAGAACUUAUCUGCAAGAAUCUGGAUAGGCCUGGAGUUUCCUACUGUACUCGGACCACUUAUGAAGAUAAUGCCAUCACUAAUGCGGUUGAGAUAUAUACAUCUAGCAGUGGGGCAGUGCAUUUUGUGGCUUCGAAUAAUGACAAUGGAGUUAGAGACUUUGAUAUGGAGAAAUUUCAACCAUCUAACCAUUUUCGAUUUACAUGGCCAGUCAAUCAUACUUCCCUAAGUCCCGAUGGUAAGCUUCUUGCUAUUGUUGGUGAUGACCCGGCGGGUAUGUUAGUGGAUUCCAGGACUGGAAAGGCAAUUGCAUCUUUUCAGGGUCACUUGGACUACUCCUUUGCAUCAGCUUGGCACCCUGGUGGAUUGACCUUUGCUACCGGGAACCAGGACAAAACCUGCCGAGUUUGGGAUAUCCGGAAUCUUUCAGCAUCAGUCACUGCCUUGAAGGGAAACCUUGGAGCCAUUCGUUCAAUCCGCUAUACAUCAGAUGGCAGAUUCAUGGCUAUGGCCGAACCUGCAGAUUUCGUCCAUGUAUUUGAUGUCAAUAGUGGGUAUGAGAAGGAGCAGGAAAUCGAUUUCUUUGGCGAGAUAUCCGGUAUGUCGUUUAGUCCUGAUACAGAAUCCCUCUUCAUUGGAGUGUGGGACCGUACAUAUGGUAGCCUUCUUGAGUUUGGCAGACAGAGGGAGUACUCAUACCUCGACACUAUUGUCUGAGGGGGUUUUGUUAUGCGAGCGGGAUGAAGGUGUAUAGUUGUCAUGUUGUGCAAUGCAAUUUAUUUUGGUAUCCUAGUUUAGAGGUUUGGUGAAGGGAAGAUCAGAUGCUAUGAGUGAAGGGUGUACAGUGAGGAUAGAUAGUUAUGGUGAAAUGGUUGUGCAUUUCCAACUAGGGAUAUGAGUUUGUGUCAUGAUUAAAUUUUAAAACAAACAAUAGCUAUGGAGGUCAGGAAUCUUGUCAUAUUUGGUUUGUGAAAAAUUGGACUUGUUGCCUUUUCUGUUCUUGGACAAUUUUAAUUUCGUUUUCCAA